AUUCGUUGCCUUUUGCCGUAGUUUAAUAUUAGCUGUUUCACACGUCUCCUCAGUCCUCCCCACCUACAAAGAGGACUGCGGGGAGCCCUUCAUGUCACCAUCCCCCCGAGUGACACAGGGCGAGGGAGAUGGCGAACCAGCCUCCGGCGGGCCGACCGUGGUUGCUCCGACUGGCCUCGCAGGCCCGAAUGGAGCCGCAGAUUCAAGCUCCGCCGCCCCAGCCGGCGCUGCCUCCUCGAGGUCCGCCAAUUCGCCAAGCAUCGCUAGCCCUUGGUAGGUCACCACUUUUAGCAUCAGAUCCACCACCACCGCCAACUCAGCCCCGGGCAUUGCCUCAGACCGCACUACCGGCACAGCCUACAUCACCACAACCAGUGGCCCCGCCAACACCACAGCGCCCACCGUCGCCAAGGCCUGUGGCGACGGCGGCGGCCCGGUCGCCGACGCCUCCCCAGUCUCCCAAGGUGAUCCAGACUCCCUCCCCUCCACCAUCCUCGCCCUCCAGGAUGACCUCGACACGGCCGCCUUCUUCUACUCCGGUGCCACAUCCGGAGCCUGAACCGAAGCGCACAGUCGAGCAAGAGAACGCCAAGAAAAGUGGCGCCAACGGUUCCAGCAUCGGCGUCGUGGAGGCGCAAAAGAACAGCCGCAGCAGCAACCACAGUGACUCCUCCAAGCACAGCGCACAGCCCACCGACAUGAAAGCAUUCCCUUCUCCUUCUCCCCUCGAGAAGAAGGAUAUCCGCAAGAUGAAGGCCAUCACCAUUGCAGGACACAACGUCGGAGCGUUCAUGGAUCUCGGUUCCUCCUACAGUUACCAGAGCAGAAGGCAGCAGGUUCACUACGCGAAAAGCGAAUCCCAGGUUGAGGACGUGAAGAACACGGAAGACAAGACGUACGCCGAGGAAAAGGUGACGAAGGCCGCAACCAAGCAGCAGCCGAUGUUGUCGCUGGUGAACAGCAACGUGCAGAGUGUCAACAACUCGUUGCUCUUCAACACCUCCUGCGCCCACGGCAGCCCGGGCGUGCACAUCAAUCUCGCCAGCAAUGGCCACAAGAAUCCUUCGUCUCCGCACUGAGACCAGCCGUGGCAGCUAUACAUGCUUUCUGCCCAUGGCCCGCAUCAGCUAUAUGUCCGUUUGUUUCCACUAGGAGUUUGCUCAUGGUAUAACUCUGCCUUUCUACAGCGAGCAUUUAUUGUAAUAAGUGUCGGAGAUAUAAUAAUAAAAUAAUCUUUGAUUAAAUCAAAA